CCACGAGAAUAAACUAGUCCCCAGAAUUGAACCGGUCAAAGUCCAUGUUUUAAAAACCGGUUCACCAAACCCUCGAAAUUAAACACGCCAACCUAAACACUUGAACCGGUCCAAUUUUAUUAAAAACUCGCCGUAAUUAAAACGCAGCCACAUUGUGGUGUUGUAAUAUUAUACAAGAGCCCAGUUUCUCCUCUUGGGUUCUCUGCGGCGAUCGCUAUUUUUUCGAAUAGCAAAACCCUAGCUCAAAGCCCUAGAACAAAUCGGGAAGGCUUGGUCAUGGCGUAUCAACACCAAUCACCUAAUCACACCGGAGAUAGCGACGACGGCAAGAAUCGCCGUCUCUAUAACCCUUACCAAGACCUACACGUUCCAAUCCAAACACUUUACAAGCUUCCGACUUCACCGGAGUUCCUUUUUCAGGAAGAAUCUGUCGCUCAGCGUAGAUCAUGGGGAGAAAAUUUAACCUACUACACUGGUAUCGGUUAUCUCUCUGGUGCUGUUGUCGGCGCCGGUAAAGGAUUUGUUGAGGGUGUGAAAGCUUCGGAGCCUGGUGAUACUAUGAAGCUCAGGAUCAAUAGAAUCCUGAAUGGGUCGGGUCAUACGGGCCGGAAGUUUGGAAAUCGAGCUGGUGUUAUUGGGUUGCUUUAUGCUGGGAUGGAGAGUGGAAUGGUGGCUAUUAGGGAUACGGAUGAUGUUAUCAACAGCGUGGUUGCUGGAUUGGGGACUGGUGCGUUCUACAGAGCGGCUUCGGGGUUGAGGUCAGCUGCCGUGGCUGGAGUUAUUGGUGGCGUGGUUGUUGGCUUGGGGGUGACUGGAAAACAGGCGCUAAAACGAUAUGUACCGAUCUGAGAUUUGUGCUGGUUUGCUUUUGGAUUUAUGACCUCAAUCUUGGUAGCUGUUAUUUGUUUCAAAAUUUUUGAUAAUACCUUGAGAAAUUGUGUUCUCGCACUGCCCAGUAAUGUAAUUUGGCAUGAAAGUUGCAUGCUUUCUAGAUAUAUUUAACAAAUAUUUAUUGAAUAGAUAUUCUGAAAUUAGGUUUAGAGGAGGUUUUCUCUUGAAUAAGGUUGAAAAAACUGAAUCUUGCUAUGAUUGUUUCAUUACUUCUUUUGUCCAUGUUUGUGUUAACAGAUUUAUAUAGAUGAUAGAAUGCAUUUUUCUGUGUGUCUAGAUCUUUUUUAUUGUGUUACUGUAUUGAGGAGUGUGCUCAGUAGAUACAAUGCAUUUGAUAGCAAGCUCCAGCUAGUUGUUUUGGUGGUGGAAUAGUUUAUGUAUUCACUUUCUGAUUUCGGAUAUGUUCUAGCAUCUGGUGAAUAAACUGUUGGAAAUUAAUUCUGGUUCUCAUGAAUAAAACACUGCCAGUUAUUAAUCGCAUGUGUAUGUGUAUGCUUUGUGAAGUAUCUGUGGAAGGACUCGAGACACCAAGUAGCUGAAUUUUCCCUAUUGUUUAAAUGUUUCUGGUUGUCUCGUUUUCAGCUCUUUGUACUGCCAUAUGAUGUUUGGGUAAUUGCGCAAGGGCUUUGAGUUCCAUGCCAUUGAUAUGCAAAGGAUGGAACUUUGAAAUAAUUCUGAGUCUCACCCCUUCUGAUGGCAUUUUUUUUGUCAAUGUAAGUGGCUGAAUUUUUAUGUGCUACUGCUGCUAAAGUUGUGUUAGAACUAGCUAUAUACUAAAUGGUAUGUAUAAAGAAGAAGAAUGAUUUUGAUUCUCAGUAAUCUGGAAGAGCUGAUUGACAUUUUGGAGAAAAGAAUACCAUCUUUUUCCUCACUAUACUAACUUCCAUAUCUCCCUAUUGUCUAUAUGUUUUUGAUUGUCUCGUUUCCAGCUUUUUAUACUGCCAUAUGAUGUUUGGGUAAUUGCGCAAGGGCUUUGAGUUUCAUGCCAUUGAUAUGCAAUGGGUGGAACUUUGAAAUGAUUCUGAGUUUCACCCCUUCUGAUGGCAUUUUUUUAAUUAAUGAUUCUUGUCAAGAAUGCUAUGAUUCUGUUAGACUUGGAUAUAUCUGUAUCUAUAUCGAUAUAUACUGAAGGGAAUAAGAAGAAUAGUUUUGAUUCUCUAUUUUAUGGAGGAACUGAUUGUCAUUUUGGAGGAAAAAAAUACCAUCUUUUCUUUCACUAUACUGACUUCCAUAUUUCCAUAUUGUCUAUAUGUUUUUGGUUGUCUCGGAUUCAGCUCUUUGUACUGCCACAUGAUGUUUGGGUAAUUGCGCAAGGGCUUUGAGUUCCAUGCCGUUAAUACUUGAAGGAUGGAACUUUGAAAUGAUACUGAGUUUCACCCCUUCUGAUGGCAGUUUUUAUCAAAGGUUGUUGUCAAGUGCCUGAAUUAUGUGCUAGUGCUGCCAAGGUUGUGUUUGACUUACAUAUAUCUAUAUAUGCACUAAAUGGUAAGUACUAAGAAGAAGAGUAGUUUUGGUUCCCUGUUUCAUGGAGUCGAUCGACAUUUUGGAGAAAAAAAACUUCUUUCUUUCACUAUAUAUACUUCCAUAUUUCCCUGUUGUCUAUAUGUUUUUGCUCUCUUUGUUUCCAGCUCUUUGUACUGUCAUAUGAUGUUUGGGUAAUUGCGCAAGGGCUUUGAGUUUCAUGCCUUCGAUAAGCAAAGGAUGGGACUAUGAAAUGAUUCUGAGUUCAGCCCUUCUGAUGGCAUUUUUAUCAAUGAUUGUUGUUUAAGUGUCUGAAUUUCAUGUGCUAGUGCUGCUAUGAUUGUGUUAGACUUCGUUCUUAAAAAAAGAUUGUGUUCGUUCUUAAAAAAAGAUUGUGUUAAGACUUAGAUAUACAGUAAAUAGGAUAAAGAGGUAGAAUGUGUUUGAUAUUGUUUUCUGGAAGAGCUGAUUGGUAUUUUGAAAAGACAAAAAUCAGUCUUUCCUUUCAUACAUCAACUUUCAUUUGCCUAUAUAUUUUGGUUCUCUUGUUUCCAGCUAGUGUGGGGCUCCCGUUCCUUGGGUUUUUGUCUUUUGGUAUUUGAGAUUCUUCAUCACAAAACCACACCAAGUAGUUGCAACUCUUAAGUUGAACAAACACUUUCCUCAGCCAUGCUUUCUUUCCUCUCUCUUUCCAGAUUCCCCUUCUCCCCUCUUGUUUCCUCUCCUUAUGUCACAGAAACCCUCAUAUCACCACAACUUGGUUGUCACCUUCUCUGGCUGUGACAGUUCCCCACAAACUAUUCCUCUCCACAAUUUCACUGCCCCAUUCUUUGUACUGCUAAUUCAAUCUCUCUCAUGUAAAGGUUCUUCCAAUGUUCAAACAGAGAUGAGAUACAGUAAUGAUCCUUGGGUCGGAGUCCUUAGUCCACCGGCAUUACCCUCUUGGAUUCUCUUAUGGAAAAGCUAUGAGAGGCCAUUGUAUGUCCCACACACGAGUAGCAUAAUUGAGAGUGCCAAAACUUCUAGCAGACUUGACACAAUGAGAUAUUGGGGAGAAGAAACAAGCCCUUAGUAUUUGCGACAAAGGGCAGAAGUAGAAGUUUUAUCUAUGGAACAUAUGUUGUGUGCUAUAUGUCAUGUUUUCUUCGAUUUUGAAUUUGAUUGAUAUUCGAUUAAAAAAACUGUAGUCUUCCUUUCAGUAGUUUUACAUAAUCAUCCGUGUUUUGGUUUUGUUCUUAGAGUGGAGCCAUGAUAUAUGUAUGCCUUUGUUUUCUUUCCAGUUCGAUUGUGAAAUUGGAGCAGAAAGCAGCAAUUUCACUUUCAUUUGGUUCCUAGUGUUA